CACACACACUCCUCCUAGCUCUCAUUUUUUAUUUCCUUUUUCAUCCCCAGCAAAAACACGCACACAUAAAUUAAAUUCAAACGAAUCAAACCCUAAAAACAACAAAAAAAAAAUAAUACAAUCUCACACACACAUUUUCAAACAUGGCGGCCGUAACUUCACCAAACCCACCUUUCACCACCACCACCACAAAACCACCGCAUUCCGCCACCACAUUUCACCGUCCCACCACCACUCAUUUAUCCUUCCCAACCCCACCAAAACGAAACCGUUUCCUUCACAUCACCAACGUCCUCUCGGACCACAAACCCAUCACUACCACCACUACAACCACCGUUCCACCACCUUCAUUCACUUCCCGUUUCGCCGCCGACCAACCCCGGAAGGGCUCCGACGUUCUCGUAGAAGCCCUCGAACGUGAAGGCGUCACCGACGUCUUCGCUUACCCUGGUGGCGCGUCAAUGGAGAUCCACCAAGCUCUCACGCGCUCCACCACCAUCCGCAACGUCCUCCCCCGCCAUGAACAAGGUGGCAUCUUCGCCGCAGAAGGCUACGCACGUGCCUCCGGUCUCCCCGGCGUCUGUAUAGCCACUUCCGGUCCCGGCGCCACAAACCUUGUCUCCGGCCUUGCUGACGCGCUUCUUGACAGUGUCCCCGUCGUUGCCAUCACCGGCCAAGUUCCCCGGCGAAUGAUCGGAACUGAUGCUUUUCAAGAAACACCCAUUGUUGAGGUAACAAGAUCCAUUACUAAACAUAACUAUUUGGUUUUAGAUGUUGAUGAUAUUCCAAGAAUUGUUAGAGAAGCUUUUUAUCUUGCCCGGUCGGGUCGACCCGGACCCGUUUUGAUUGAUAUUCCAAAAGAUAUACAACAACAGUUAUGUGUGCCUAAAUGGGAUGAGCCCAUGAGGCUUCCUGGUUAUUUAUCUAGGUUACCUAAGCCACCUAAUGAUGGUUUACUAGAACAAAUUGUGAGGUUAGUUGGAGAGUCGAAAAGGCCGGUUUUGUAUGUAGGUGGUGGUUGUUUGAAUUCGAGUGAUGAGUUGAGACGGUUUGUUGAGCUUACGGGUAUUCCGGUAGCUAGUACUUUAAUGGGUCUUGGGUCUUAUCCAGCUUCGAGUGAUUUGUCUCUUCAAAUGCUUGGAAUGCAUGGAACUGUUUAUGCGAAUUAUGCUGUUGAUAAGGCGGAUUUGUUGCUUGCGUUUGGGGUUAGGUUUGAUGACCGUGUGACUGGAAAGCUUGAAGCUUUUGCUAGUAGAGCUAAGAUUGUUCAUAUUGAUAUUGACUCUGCUGAGAUUGGGAAGAAUAAGCAGCCACAUGUGUCGGUUUGUGGUGAUAUUAAGAUUGCGUUACAGGGUCUUAACAAGAUUUUAGAAGGGAGGCGUGAGAUGAGUAAUCUUGAUUUUUCGGCGUGGAGGGCAGAGUUGGAUGAACAAAAGGUGAACCAUCCGUUGAGUUUUAAAACGUUCGGUGAAGCUAUUCCACCGCAAUAUGCUAUUCAGGUGCUUGAUGAGUUAACGGGUGGGAAUGCUAUUAUAAGUACUGGGGUCGGGCAACAUCAGAUGUGGGCUGCUCAGUUUUACAAGUACAACAGACCUAGACAGUGGUUGACUUCAGGUGGACUAGGGGCUAUGGGCUUUGGACUGCCUGCAGCCAUUGGUGCAGCCGUUGCAAGACCUGAUGCAGUGGUAGUGGAUAUCGAUGGUGAUGGAAGUUUUAUCAUGAAUGUUCAAGAGUUGGCUACUAUCCGAGUGGAAAAUCUUCCUGUCAAGGUUUUGUUACUCAAUAAUCAGCAUUUGGGUAUGGUGGUUCAAUGGGAGGAUCGUUUCUACAAGGCAAAUAGGGCGCAUACCUACUUGGGGAACCCAUCAAAGGAGGCUGAAAUAUUUCCAAACAUGUUGAAGUUUGCCGAAGCGUGUGAUAUACCAGCUGCACGAGUGACCCGUAAAGCUGAUCUACGGGCGGCUAUUCAGAAGAUGUUGGAUACUCCUGGGCCUUACUUGUUGGAUGUCAUUGUGCCGCAUCAAGAACAUGUUUUGCCGAUGAUUCCUGCUGGUGGGGGCUUCAUGGAUGUGAUCACCGAGGGUGAUGGUAGAACGAAGUAUUGAGCUUCAAAGUCACAACUUAGUUUCAAGUUUCAACCACUGUAUGUAAACAUCUAGCAUCUUUACUUAAGAGGUGUGAGCAGUUUGUUGGAUUUGAAGUUAAUUUCUUGUUGUGUAUUUUAGUUUCUGGUUUUUUGAAUGUUCCGUAGUAGUGUAUUGACUGUUCUUUUAGUAGCCUCAUGAAUAAAUGUCUUUUUUUC